GAUGUCGUCAAGAGAGAGGAACUGCAACCGAUGUGUCACGGCUUCAAUACAGGCGAGAUUCUAUUGAAAAAGAGGACAUUGCACCGGGUGUAAAUGUACCUGGCGCUAGCAAGAACAAGUGAGAAUACAUAACUUGCCCUACUUUGACACAAAGGACGAAAUAUAAGAACGCUUCACUCGAGAACUCAUCUUUCUCCUCGACCCCUCUUUCUCUCUCUCAUAAGUGUUUCGUUUUUGAACACGCACGUUUUGGAUCACCAUCACUCUGCGACUCUCACCUGUUGACCAUGGAUUUCAGACGGCUAAAGAUUUCAAAGGAGAUUAGAUUUUACAUUUUGGAAAACAGAAGUUACAGGCCUAUCUGCAUCUGGAAAGGUUAGGUAUUGUAGUGUUGCCAAUGUGAACGCAAGCGAGACCACUUCAUUGUAGUGAAUGGCCCGUCCCAGAAGCGAUUAUGAUCAUGCACAGACCCCUCCGAAGGUGGAGUUUUUACGUCUUCUUGUGUUUUGGCAUCAUCUACUUAAGGCUUGGGGCCCUGUCUUCUGUGGUGGCGUUGGGUGCCAACAUCAUCUGCAACAAGAUCCCUGGGCUGGCCCCUCGCCAGAGGGCCAUCUGCCAGAGCCGCCCGGACGCCAUCAUCGUGGUGGGGGAGGGCGCCCAGCUGGGCAUCAAUGAGUGUCAGUACCAGUUCCGCUAUGGCCGCUGGAAUUGCUCCGCCCUUGGGGAGAGGACUGUCUUUGGACAGGAGCUGCGAGUAGGUAGCCGGGAAGCUGCGUUCACGUAUGCCAUCACGGCCGCCGGCGUAGCCCACGCCAUCACGGCGGCGUGUAGCCAGGGCAACCUGAGCCAGUGUGGCUGUGACCGGGAGAAGCAGGGUUACUAUAACCAGGAAGAGGGCUGGAAGUGGGGAGGCUGCUCGGCAGACAUCAAGUACGGCAUUGAGUUCUCCAGGAGGUUCGUGGACGCCCGCGAGAUCAAGAAGACAACGCGACGGCUAAUGAACCUCCACAACAAUGAGGCAGGGAGAAAGGUCCUGGAGGAGCGGAUGAAGUUGGAGUGUAAGUGUCAUGGCGUGUCAGGCUCAUGCACCACCAAAACCUGCUGGACGACCCUGCCCAAGUUCCGAGAGAUCGGCUACGUCCUGAAGGACAAGUACAACCAGGCGGUCCACGUGGAGGUGGUCCGGGCCAGCCGACUACGCCAGCCCACCUUCCUCAAGGUGAAGAAGACCCAGGGCUACCGCAAGCCCAUGGAGACCGACCUCGUCUACAUCGAGAGGUCGCCCAACUACUGCGAGGAGGACGCGGCCACGGGGAGCGUGGGCACCCAGGGGAGGCUGUGUAACCGCACCUCGCCCCACACGGACGGCUGCGACCUCAUGUGCUGUGGCCGGGGCUACAACACGCACCAGUACACCAAAGUGUGGCAGUGCAACUGUAAGUUCCAGUGGUGCUGCUUCGUCAAGUGCAACACGUGCAGCGAGAGGACGGAGGUGUUUACCUGCAAAUAAAGGGGCGUGGCAUAACGGACCUACGGUACUGUACGAUGAUUGGGAGGGGCGUGGCAGGACUCUCUGGAUGACAAGGAAGGCCCCCAGAGGAAAGAUAAAAGGACAUGUCUUGGAACAGGAAUAGUGAGAGAUUUUAAAAUAAAAAGGAAUGGAAUUUUCAAUAUCAGCUCUUCAUGGCAUCGUUUUGCACAGCAGAAUCUAUAUGAGCUUUUUAAGAAAGUAAAGGCUAAAUAUCAAUAGGUAAUAAUACUAAAAUCUUUGACUGACUGAGACAGAAUAAUGUGUGAUCAUGUACUGAUGUAAAGGUUAGGACUACAGGAAACAAAUGGUGCCUGGAUGGGAACUGUGCAUUGCACUCUGGGAUUUGUAGUUCUUUUUUUCACGGAAUGGCUUCUACAUGGAACAGAAAGACAGACUCUGGAGAUGUGGUAGAAAAUGACAGUAACUGUUGAGGGAUGAGACUGGCAUGAGACUCUAAAAGUCCUAGUGAGAACUUUUUAGUUUUCUUUUCUUUUUCUACAGAGGGAGAGAGCAGAGGUGAAUAUUUGAGCCCCCAAACUGGAGGUGUUUUCUUUUUGGAGCUGUGUAGACAUGAAGAACGCUGUGUAAGUGUGGUGCCUAGGGGCGACCGGAAAGCUGAGUGGAGAAGUCUCUAUAGUAAGCCCUCUGCUGCCAACUGGAAUACGGUGGAGUAUGUUAGUUUUCCAGUCACACUGGAACUGUCUGUUUGAACACUGAAAAUAAAUUGUUUAUUUAUGUUAUAGUAUCUUAAAACAAAGCACUAACGGGUAGAAAUGUCUUUUUUUGUACUAAGUGUAAAAAAUACUUUUUAGAUAAUGCAUGUCUUUUAGAAAAUGGCCCCCAUCCCACUAUCAAUCCCCCUUUUUCUAAAAUGGUUUCAUUGCUACUGGUGUGUUGACUACAAAAAAAAUCUACAAUACAGGGUAUUUCACAUCACAAUCAAUCACAUUGGUUCUAUGUUGCUGUAGCAUAGCUUUUGUUUGCAGUCAUUUAUGCAGCAGACGUUAGGCCUACGUCCUGUCUGGGUUAUUUAGCAUAGACAGUAGCAAGAUAACUCAUUUCUUAACGCAAAGAUCCUUCCUCAAUUAUUUAAACAUGAUAUUGCUGGAUGCAUUGUAGAGUGGUGCACUGAUAUUAUUUUCUAUUCACAAACGACUCAAAUUAAAA